CCCUGCGGCUUGUCAAUAAUACGCCCUCACGUGGCGCUGCGCGGGCGCUAAUUCCAAUGCCAAUGGCGGCCGCGGCCGGCGCGGGCGAGCCCGGUCCGCGCUCGGAGGCGUCCGGCUUCGGCUCUGGCUGCAACCACCUGCGGCCGCGGCGGGGGCCUCCACCCCCGUCCCCGUCCCCCGCGGUCGGGAAGCCGCUCCCGUCCGGCGCGGUGCCGCGCCAUGCGUUCGUGUUCGACGGCGAGGGCGGCUUCUCCGAGGCACCCUGGGGCCUUGCGGUGUCCGGUUCGUCGCGGACCGGGGAGUUCACGUGGCACCACGUGGAGCUCCCGCGCUCCGCGGGCGCCGCGGCGGCCAAGCCGCUCCACCACGCGCAGGCGCUCAUCGAGCUCCUCUGCCCGCCGCUCACGCUGCAGGAGAUCCUCGCGUUCGUCGCCACGGGCCCGCACUGCGCCUCCUCGGGCGACGGCGCGCUCCUGCUCCGCGUCAGCGCGCCGGGCCCCGUCGGCAGCGCGUACGCGCUCCGCCUCGCCGCGCGCGUCACCGAGAGCUCCGUCGUCACCGUGUCCGUCGGCGGGGUCCCGCGCCUCGCGUUCGGGACCAGGCAGGCGUCGCUCCUCUCGGAGGUUCCGCUCGGCGUCGCCGCCUCGCUCUCCGACGAGGGCCAUGGCGGGGGCCGCGCCGUCGACGGCGGCGUGAUCAUCGAUGAGCGCCUGCUCGAGUCGCUGCUGGCCAUGAACCACGCGGACGGCGCGCACACGGACAACCCGGUGCCGCGGACGGUGUCCAACCUCCUCGUGCACGUCCUCGGCACGCACGUAGACCACGUCCACGACAUUGUCACGCGCCUCGAGAUGGACCUGGACGCCGUCGAGCUGCAGCUCGACAAAGGUGGUCACUUUUUGAGGAAGCUUUUGCUGGAUGGCAGGAGAUUCCCAAAAAUGCAUCUGGAUCUACAGCGGUUGCUUCAGGUUGUUUCUCACUGUGAACAAGUAUUCCCCCGCGUGAAGGAAAAAUGUGCGAGCAAGAGUUGGUUCGCAACAGGAGAUAUAGCAGCCCUUGAAGAUCUGAUAGGUCGUCUCAGAAGGCUCAAAGAAAACCUAGGGUUCAUUACAAAUAGAAUCACCACACUUCAGGCUAGUCUGGACAGUUGGCAAUCGGAGCAGAUAAACAAAAGCUUGUACUACCUUUCAUUUCUCUCCAUAAUAUUCCUGCCUCUUUCCAUUGUCACUGGAGUUUUCGGGAUGAACGUCGGUGGUGUGCCGUGGACAGGGCAGAACAAGAACCCUAAAAACCGGGAUGGCUUCAUGAAUGUCAUGCUAAUAUGUGUUGCAAUCUUGUUACUUCUGUUGCUGUGUUUCUUGUUUCCUUCAUUAUAUUCUCAUGUGACGUCAUGGAGAACCCGCCGUGAGCUGACCCGGAGCAACUCUCAGAACAGAAGACAUCUGAAACUCUUCAAAGGUCACAAGGAAGGUUACAUGCGCCUAUGACGACAAUACAGUUGCAAACUACGGUGUCCAUUUCAGCUGUAAGGUGAUUGUCAGUGAUGUUGUAAGUGUAAGAUUUGUGGGGAAAGAUCCUAGAUAGCCAACACAUGUACAGGUUUGAAGGAGACCCUCCAUGGCUCCAUUUGAGGUUCAUACCUUGUUCAUUGCUUAGUUUGUUUUUGUUGUAGAUUCAUGGCUGUCACUGCACCUUUUAUUUAUUCUGAAAAUGUGUUAGUUCUUCAAUGAAGACCACCCACGACAAUUUGUCAUUGUUGUUCCAGGUGGACGUGUUUCAUAGUUGUACGCA